UUAUUGCGAACAUCCAUCAAUCAUAAUUAUCGAUUAUUUCUCUCCUCCAAUAUAUACGACGGCGCGCUCCAAGCCAUCCACAUUUUCGUAGUAACAGGUAGGAGGCGAGCACGUGUUUGAUGUAGAUCUUACAUAUACUUGGGAUAAUGGUGAUCAGCUGAUACACUUAAAGGAGAAGAGGAAGGAGUAUCGAUUAGGCUAAAUCCCCAUAGGACGCCUAGAUCUAGAACCCGAUGACAACUUCCUGGUAACCUGCACAUAUAUCAUGCAUCAUGGAAUCGGUAAGGGAAUGGCUUAUGAACAAGUGUAAAUUGGUUAGUCAAGAUCAAUCGUCAACCGGAAACGGAAAUGAUGUCAAUAAACAAGUCUGUGGGGCUUUGACGCCAAAAACUAUUCCAGAAUUUGUGAUUCCCAAGUCGGGGGAAUCGUCCCGUAGGCAAAGUUCGGAAUUAGAAUCUAUUGAGGAAGAUGCACCUUUCCGAGGAUUUUCCCCCAGAGGUAGUAUUGCUUCGUCGGGGAAGAUUAGCCCCGUACAAUCAUCUUUUGGAUCGAAUACAUGCCUUAACGUGCCUAGGAAAUCGAUAUCGCGAUCGGCUCCGGUUUCCCCUAAACACGAGGUCAGACAUAUUGUUUGCCAGGGAAGUACUCAUUCACUGACUUAUAGCGAUAAUGGUGAAGAGUAUACAAAUUCAGACCCUCUUUCGUUUGCCGCCAUGUCGCUCCCCCACUUCCGGACAAAAACAUCAACGUAUGGGUUUACGACGCUCUCCCAGUGUCCUCAUACCAGGCGGAAGGAGUCACUCUUCCACGCCGAAAGUGAUUCUUUGAUUCCGUACAAGCGGACGAGCUCGUUUGAGGGACUUCGCGUGCGCUAUGACAAGGACUGGCCACCGACGUAUUACCUGUCUGAUUCAAACGGAUUAUCGUGCAAAAAGACGCCGUCAGUGAUCAUUACUCCCUCUGCGGCUCAACCUGAAUCGGAAGAGGCAACAGCAAGCGAGAAACAUAUAUCUUUAUCAGCAAUGCACUUGUCAAAUUCUUUAGAUGUGAACUAUAGUCUGCCGUACUUUAAAUCAAAGUUAAAGUACUACCGCCGUAGGUCAUCCUUACUUGGUCUUGACGAUGAGAUGGCGUAUAUAUCAGAUCAGAGUACAGAUGGUAAGCAACGUCGAUCUAUGUCGGCCCUAUACCCUUCUCCAAAGGACAAUAACACACAGAAGCGACAUUCUUCGCCCCAGCUCCGGACAUCGAAUGAAAACUGUGCACAAUCGCCUCUCCCGAAACCUCGCAUUACAUUUGGAGACACCCAGUUUCUCGUCCAGCACGGGGAACUUAAAUUUGCUUUUCAAUAUCUGGCAAAAUCAAAACAAUUAAAAGUGACCAUUGUAAAGGCCGAAAGCUUAGGCGGACACGGAAAAACGGACCAAAACAUGAAUGCUUAUGUGAAGGUAUAUUUGCUGCCUGGAAAAUUACAGAAACAGUGCUCGGAUAUAGUAAAACACACCCGGUGUCCGGUCUUCGAUCAGGAGUUCUACUUCACUGGGGUAUCGCUUGAGCAGCUGCAUGCAAUGACCCUUCGUAUUAAAGUGCUCCACAAGGGACAUAACCUUCGUCUUCCGGAAUUCAUAGGGAAGGUUGAUGUAAAUCUAGAUAGUUAUGACCUUCUGACAGAGAACCGGAUGUGGAAGGACUUGGACAUUAAACGAGACAAAGAGGAUCUCGGAAGCAUCGAGAUAUGUCUGAAGUUCCAGUCCAAAGAAGGUUCAAUCCAGGUGACCGUUGUGCAGGCUAAAGGCCUGCCACAUCAUCCUAUCACAGGCCACCCAGACCCAUAUACACGCGUGGAACUCGAGCAGCCUGGUCGAUCAGUAUCCCGGAAAACAACUAAAACAAAGAAAAGCACUCCAGAUCCGGUGUUCAACGAAAGUUUCGUAUUCAAUAUGUCGUUUAAAAGAGACGAUUUGGCAGGAACCGAACUUACAGUCUCAGUUUAUGACCAUGACCGUAUAAGGAGUGAUUACGUCAUAGGUCAGGUGAAAUUCUGCGCAGACGCACUUCAAACGUCCGCCAUGGAACAUUGGAUUGAUAUGUUUAGCCAGCCCGAGGUGACUAUACAGCGUUGUCACGAACUUUUAGAUCACGAGGAUGAAUUUAAAUAAUUGAUAAGAAUUUUUUUUUGAUUCCAACGAAAUCUUGGUGCAAAUUCAAUAAGUUGUGACAUAAAUCUGUUAAACGUUCUGUAUUGUGUAUUAAGCUGUUAGGAAUAAAGCCUUACGUUCCAUUUAGAUAUGUUUGUGGUCCAUCUUGGACAUCCUUUUGUAUAUACAGGUCUGUCAUUGUGUACAUAUGUUGUGAAAUACAUGGCAGUUUUUUUUAUACUAAAUGUACAUAUCGUAUUCCUUGAACCAUGUUAUGUUUAAUGUUAAAGGGCCGAGGCGAACUUGUGUAAGUCUCACUUCCUGUUUAAAAAAUCAGUUAAUUCUCGGUCAUAUGAUACCAUAUUUUAUCAUUUUUUCUGAUAUAACGGUUGUGUUUACGUUAACAGAUUGUUAAACAUAUAACAGUAUAUAUUCUUAUACUUUGUUACUUUAACUUUGUAAAUUUAUUAUCUCUAUAUUUGUCUGAUAUUGUAAGCACAUUGCUUUAUAUCCAAUCCACAUGAUAUUUUUAUAUAAUUACAAGACAGGUUGUGACAAGCUUCGUCAGAAAUAAAUAUUAGUCCCCGGCAAUAAAUAAACAUAUAGAGAAUAUCUAACAGUAUCUUCACUAAUACCAAAUAUAUUUCACAAGUGGAGCUAACAAUUUGAUAUUUCAACGAGUGUGCAGCACGAGUGAAAAAUAUCAAACUAUUAGCCGCACCCGUGAAAUAUAUUUGGUGUUCGUGAAGAUACUGUUAGAUAUUCUGUUUAUUACAUUUUAUAGCAAAAUUCAACCGGGGCAGCUUAAGAGAUUUCCAAUUGUCGUUUGUAAGCAGUGUCUUAAUUGGUCAAAUCAUAAUUUUUUUUAAAUAUCACUUUUAUAGAAUGAAUAAUUUUCGAUAUUUCACUGGUAAAAAUGUAAUUAGCGACAGUUUUUUUUUUAUUUUUCAAUAUUAAAGAUUUGACCCUUGAUCUUUCUAUUAAUGCUAAUACUAAGUUAAUGAAGCUUAUAUCUGUUUUUCUGUGAAGUAUCCAGCAUUUGUGGCCUGUUUUGUAUUAUUGAACGCCAUUAACGCCUGAGAGAACAAGGUUUUCAGCCAUAUUUCUGAAAGGUCGAUAGUAAUUAACCCUAUAGUUUUACUGUCUCUCAGACAAAUCCUGUCAACAUCACUGUGUCUGAAGCCUGUCUGCAUAAAUUUGGCUUGCAUAUUGUGGUCAUGAAAAGAAAAUGAUCUUUUGGAAGUGAGAAGCAUGUAGAUAUAAUUAUCGUAUACAGGAUAUAUACGGAGACAGUGUAUAGAGACAAUAGGUAUUGUCAUUGUUUGCCUGGCUACAUAUCAUUGUGUGGAUAAUACAUUUCUUAAAUUUUAUUUAUAAGCACGUGCUUAUAUAUCAUCUGGUUGUUUUGUAACGUGAAGAUGGCCCAUCCUUUAUUGCCAGGAAACUGCGUGUCAUUUUGUCGCCAUGUGCCAUGUCGAAUUUACGAUAUUUAUCAUUAUGGAACAAAAAUAUAUUUGCACAUUGCGAAGGCCAAACGGAAAUGAAUUUCCUCUUUCCAGCAUGCAACCAACAUUUGGUGCGAUUAAAAGUGUUAUCCUGUUUUCAAAAGGCGUCAAUAAAGUCCUUGUAACCUCGCGAUCCGACUUAUCAAGGUCAAAAUUUCUGUUAUUCCUAUAGACUGUAAAAUUGUUCGAGGCGUUCCGCAGGGAAGCCGUACGUUCAGAUGGGAGAAUGCACCAGGUGUGUAAUGAACGUUCAUGAUGAAACCGAAAUCCGACAAUUCACCUCUAUACGCUACACUUUUCGUGUAGAUAUAUAUAUUUAUAUAUACUGUAUAUGUUUUCUGAACGUGGGAACAAUUCCCCCCUCAGGUAUUACAACGGAUGACAAGAAGGCGGAUUAGUGAAAUCGAUAAAUUCUGCUUUUAGCCACAAAAACAAUGAUGGACGGUUUAUGUAUGCUGGUAUCAGAGAAGCUUGUAAAGCCUUUUAUUUUUUGUCUUGUAAAUAUUUGAUAUCUUAGCUAUGUAACAUGAUUAUCGUCAUGCUUACGAGAUAAUGGUAUUGUGUUAUACUAUAGGCGCGUCAUGACAAAACUCUGCCUUGGACGAAUGUUUCACGAAAACAUUCGGUAAUGCUAUCUAUUUUGACUUUAUUAAACUACAAUUUGAUGUA